AUGGAAAAGAAUAGAACUCCUGCUGAGUUUCAAAUAUCUGCAGAGCAGAUUUUACUCGAGGCUUAUGAAAGGAAAGAUGAACCACUGAACAAAACAAACGUCAAGAUCGCUGAUUUAGAAGAACUUCAUGAAGCCCAAAGACGUCAAAGGCAAGAAUAUGAAGAUGCAUUGAGGAGAAACAGAUUAGAUUUUGGCCAGUGGAUGCGCUAUGCUCAAUAUGAGGUUGAACAGAAAGAUUUAAGAAGAGCCAGGUCUAUCUUUGAAAGAGCUUUGGAGAUCAACAGUCAUCAUGUUCCACUUUGGAUAAGAUAUAUCGAUACAGAAUUGAAAUCAAGAAAUAUCAAUCAUGCUAGGAAUCUAUUUGAUAGAGUAACCACACUUCUUCCAAGGGUUGAUAAGCUUUGGUUCCGUUAUGCUCAAACUGAAGAAACAUUAGGUAAUGUCAUUGGUACAAGAAAUGUGUUCAAGAGAUGGAUGAAAUGGCAACCAGAUACACCAGCUUGGGAUGCCUAUAUCAAUUUUGAAAAACGUUACGAUGAAUUUGAUAACGUGAGAAAAGUUUUUAAUCAAUUCGUUUAUGUUCAUCCAUAUGCUGAAACUUGGAUAAAAUGGGCAAGAUUUGAAGAUGAGUUUGGAACGGCUGAUAAUGUUCGUGAAGUGUAUUCUGCUAGUAUAGAUUCACUGUUAAAUGAGAAACUUAUUGUCAACUUUGCCAAAUGGGAAGGUCAACAGAAAGAGUGGGAAAGGGCAAGAGCAAUAUAUAGAUUUGGUGUAUCAAAGUUCCCAAACUCGAUUUUAAUCAACGAUCAAUUAUCACAAUUUGAGAAACAAUAUGGUGAUAAAGAUGGUAUUGAGAGCUCGAUAUUACUGAAAAGAAAGAAAAGGUAUGAAGAUGAAUUGGAUAGUGACCCUCUUGAUUAUGAUACUUGGUGGGCCUAUCUUUCUUUGUUAGAAAAUUAUCCACUUGAAGUUCAAAGAGAAGCCUAUGAGAAAGCUGUGGCAAAUGUACCCACCUCUGUUGAAAAAAACUCUUGGAAAAGGUAUGUUUUGAUAUGGAUAAGGUAUGCCACUUUGGAGGAACUAAAUGAAGAGAUUGAAAAGACAAGAGAAAUUUACAAAAGAUUAACCAAAGUGAUACCAAAUAAAAAGUUCACAUUUUCCAAAGUGUGGAUUCUAUACAGCAAUUUUGAAAUACGUCAAUCCCAUUUACAACAAGCCAGAAAAAUAUUAGGUUUUGCUAUCGGUUCAUAUCCUAAACCAAAGACAUUUAAACAUUACAUUCAACUUGAGAUCAAAUUGAAAGAAUUUGACAGAGUAAGAAAAAUUUAUGAAAAAUACGUUGAGACAUUUGCUGAUCAUGCUGAUGUUUGGAUAGAGUAUGCUGAACUUGAAAGUAAUUUGAAUGAUAUAGAUAGAGCUCGUGGGAUAUUUGAAAUUGGACUUGAGCAAUUGGCAAGCUCGAAGUCUGUUAGUGAACUUUGGUAUAGAUAUGUUGACCUUGAAGUUGAACAGAGAGAGUAUGAGAGAGGAAGAUAUUUAUUUGAAAGGUUCCUUGAGACUGAUAAAAAUUCAACCACCAUUUGGAUCAAGUAUGCAUUAUAUGAAUUGGGUGUUCCGACCCAAGAUCAAAUAGCGGAGUAUGAAAAGAAAGUGGAAGAGGCUGGUGAUGAUGAACUUGAAUUUGAAUUUGACAUUUCUGAAUCUUCAAAAUCAAAGACAAGAGAUGUUUUCGAAAAGGCAUUGACUCAUUUCAAGUCUAAUAACUUGAAAGAUGAAAGAAUCGUCAUAUUGGAAGCCUUCAAGAAGUUUGAACAAGUCCAUGGAGAUGAUUCUUCAAUUGCAAAAAUUGAGAAAAGACAACCAACUGUGGUCAAGAAAGUUAAAGAAUUGGAAGACGGUUCAACUCGAGAAUAUUUCGACUACGUUUUCCCAGAUGAUAUAAAAUUCUCUAAAUUCUUGGAAAAUGCUAAAAAAUGGGCAAAACAGAAUAAAUAG